GGAGCGCUCACUAAUUGCAACGAUAGUGUGACAAUUGCAAAAGAAUUUGUUUAAAAAUUUACGAAUUUAUAAUAUGUGUAUAAGGUAAAGCAAAUAACAAAGCAAAAUAGUGAAAGUUAAUUAUCAUAGAACAACUAAAACCUACGAGGAGUGAAGGUAAAAUUUAAUAUCCAGUAAUGCUGUUUAACGGCUCAUUGCAUACAUAUGCGUGUAUCUUAUUGCCUGAAAUUUUGACUGAGUGAAACUAAUUGCGGCAGUUUUUCAUUUACGGGUGCUGCCCGCUUAAGUAAUAUGAAUCGUUACAUUACCCUUUCACAAUUGGGUGAUGGCACAUACGGCACCGUGGUGUUGGCUCAACGCAAGGACACUGGCGAAAAAUUGGCUAUUAAGCGUAUGAAGCGCAAAUAUUACUCCUGGGAGGAGGCGAUGAAUUUGCGCGAAGUCAAGUCCCUCAAGAAGCUUUCCCAUCCGAACAUUGUUAAACUGAAGGAAGUCAUACGCGAAAAUGAUACUUUAUAUUUUGUUUUCGAAUACAUGAAAGAGAACUUGUAUCAAAUGAUAAAGGAUCGAGACACACAUUUGCCCGAACCGACUCUGAAAAGCAUACUGUUUCAGGUACUCACCGGCUUGGCGUUCAUGCACCGUCAUGGAUUUUUUCAUCGCGACCUGAAGCCGGAGAAUUUGCUUUGCUCAGGACCGGAACUUAUAAAAAUUGCAGAUUUUGGCUUGGCGCGCGAGAUACGAUCGCGACCGCCGUUUACGGACUAUGUUUCCACGAGAUGGUAUCGCGCGCCAGAGGUGCUGCUGCAUGCCACAAAUUAUGGCAGUUCCAUAGAUCUUUGGGCAAUGGGCUGCAUCAUGGCGGAACUGUAUACAUUUCGGCCACUAUUUCCAGGCAGUAGUGAGGUGGAUCAGCUAUUUAAAGUUUGUUCUGUUUUAGGAACUCCGGAGAAGAGCGACUGGCCAGAGGGAUAUAGGCUCGCUGCCACUAUACACUUUCGUUAUCCGGAAUGCAUCAAAGUACCACUCAACACCAUUGUGACACGUUGCAGUCAAACCGGAUUAGAUUUGUUGGAGGACAUGUUGCACUAUGAUCCGGACAAGCGACCCACAGCGCAGCAAAGCCUUAAAUAUGCCUACUUUCAUGCGUUGAAACGCAUCUCACCCACUGCGGCUGUCAACGCUAAUGUGAAAAUUACGGCCAAAUAUGCCGCAGCGGCUGCUGCCCAUGCCAAUGUCAAUGCUGCUAGAAACGCGGGACAGCUGCAAAAUUUAUCGAAUAACGUGCUUCCGGUGCAAGAGAAACUCCAAGCUGUGACUGAACUGCUGCAGCAGGGUAAUAGCAUCAAUAACAAUACCGUAAAUGCCAACAAUGCAUUAAAUGCGACAAUUAAUAUCAAUCGGGGAGCCAAUAAUGCUUAUGCCAAACGAACAACGAUUCCAGUUUCACACAAUGCUAAUCAAAUACAAAUGCCAAAGAUAAGUUUUUUGGCUAUAAAUGGUGGAGAUACGAACCACUCCACGGUGCCGCUCCAGAUGUCUACAGUCACCACAAACUCAAACUCGCUCAAAAACAGUGCGAUGCUUACCAAUAACUCGAACAACAUCGCAAAUCUGCAACUGCGUGACCCUAUGGAAGAUAAUACCUCUUUGAAAAGUGGCUCCGUGCGUUAUAAUGCGAUUCUCGCACCAGCUAGUCACGUAUACCUUAACGGUGUGGAUUCUGCACUCCAUAAACGUUCGCAAGAAAAUCUGGCAUUCACAGAGUCCAUAAAUGAUAUAUAUUUGAACCGAAACACUGGUCAGCUGCAACCGCCGCAGCCUCCAAAUGUUUCCUUCAACACUAGCAAUACCACAGCAGGAAAUAUCAAAGCUGGAGUUAUCUACUUAGCGAACGGCCACCGGAACUACGCACUUUUCGAGACAGCUUCAAAGAAUGCUAAAAACUCUGCGAAAAUUAAUGGCUAUUACCUGCAGGCGCGUCCCAGUUUAUUAAAUAUCGAUACGGUGGGCAAGGAUGGGAAAGUGUAUAAUAUGUUCUCCAAGGUAGUUCCCAAACAAGCACCUUCGGCUAACCUGAUAAUGCGUAACGGAUUUGAACCCCCUGUGGAGAGAGGCGAUCCUAAUGAACAAAUAUCCGUAAGACAGCAAUAUCAAGGUGUUGCAGAUGACAAGAAGCCUGUACCGCCUGCGCGGAAUGCUGAGUUGAACAAUGGCGAUGAACUCGAUCUUAUAUUGGGUUCUAAAAUCAAAACGUCAGCUAAACGUCAACGCCAACGCAAUUCAAAAGCAAAUAUUUUACUUGAAGAUCUCUUCGGUCACCUCUCGCUCGAUUCGGAUAGCGACACAGCGAAGCUCCCAAAUACAGUUCCCUUCACAACAUACCAACAACAAUCCUUCGUGCAACAUAACUCUAGUUUGCCAAAUGGUUAUUCGAACGAGAACUCGCUGACAGAGAAGAGUAAGGUGAAAAUCCCCAGUAGUAUUGAAGUGAACAACGGUAGUUAUGCUGACUCGCUUUCAACAAAUGCAGUUGAUCCCCAGUCUGUUGAUAUGAAUAAAUCUAAAUUCCAACCGUGGGACGGCACCAAUAAAACUGAAGAUGAAAAGCUAACAGCAUGGAUGGUCGCUGAGAAUGGUUCUUUGCUUGAGAAGAAAAUUCUAAAUGGACUCAAUGACAAAAACUAUCCCGAAUGGAAUACAACGUACCUUAAUUAUUAGAACAACAACAACAACAAAUCAAGAUAUAAGAUAACGGAAUGUAUUAAAUUAAUGGAAAGAUGUGUGAAGUAAAUUUUCAUACAAAAGUUUGUGCUGUGAUAAACCCAAUAAGAAUUCUAAAAAUAUAAUAAUAAUAAAUACUUAAGAAUCAAACCAAACUAAGGAAUCAACACUAAAUUAGACACAUGUUCAUAUAUACAGGGUGGUCCAAAUACAAGUAUAAGAUCUUUUGUGCAGCAAAGGCGGUUUCCGCUCGGAAUCUUGAAUUUUAAUAAACAACAUAAAUGUACGGAAUGAGCGAAAAGGAAAGCUUUGAAAGCCUGUGUACAUAUUUCUAAAGCGACCGAUCCAUGAACUGGUCAAAGUGUCCGUUUAUUGAAAAUGUAUUUUAACUGAGCUACCGCGCUUCCUGUACGCAAAUUUGUGAAAAGAAGUCUAUGAGAAAAUCUUGUUAGUGGUCAAUGCUCAUAGUUCUCUCUUGCUAGUCAUGCCUUGCGUACCAAGGAAAAUGUUGCUGCCGUCUCCGGAGGCGUGUAAAUUCAAUCCACGAACGUGGGACAUGAAUAAUUCAUCUUUCAUUCAGCCAUAGUAAUUAUGAAGAGUGUUACGAAUGUGCGACUAAAGCCGCAAUUGUGUAAUUUGAGAACUAAUACGGCUUUUAAUACGGAUCGAAGCUCCCUGCAUGAAAAUCAAAUAAUAGAAAAAGUGUGGUUAGGCCCUUGGCAGGUAAUGGCAAUCCUCCGAUUGUAUUUCUGCCAUGAAUUGCCACUUCAUAAAAAAACCAUUUGCCAUUUGAAGUCGGCUUAAAGGCUUGUAGGUCCCUCCAUUUGUGGGAUAAUAUCGAAACACACGCCACAAAUACGCCACUUUUUUUUUAAAUAAACUUAAAAAUUGAUUGAUGGAACCGUGCAUUAAUGAGAUACUUGUACUUACAAGUAAUUACUUGACAGUCUUUUCCUGAAGCAUGCAAUUUUUUUACUUAAUGAUUUUUUCAAGUUUGUUGUUGGUAUUGAUAUUUCUUUCCAGUAUUUGCUAUAUCUAUAUGACAACUCUAUAACUAUCAGCUUCGGCUUUCAACAAUACAGCUCUUUGUGAGCUUUGGGCUAUGGCAUACAAAACUUUUAAGCAAAUCGGUCGCUUGCGACUUUUUUCCUCAUCUUUAUCCAAAGUUUUUUGAUGUCUUCCUCAAGUUUGUCUACCCAUUUUGUUCUCCGACUUCCUCUUGCUUUAGUGUUAUUUCUAAUCUUUUCUUCUGCGCCCUCGUACCGCUUAUUCUUGGUAUAUGAUCCAGUCAUCUUAAUAUUUCGCCAUUUAUAUUCUGGCCUAGUUCGUCGUUUCAACUUAUCCGCCAUUCGCCGUGAUCUUUGUCUGCUCCAAAAAAUUUUUUGAGUACUUUUCGUUCGAAGGUUUCCAUUUUUGCUUUAUUUAUUUCUAGCUGCGCCCACGAUUCAGCUUCGUAUCAUAAGACUGGUCUAAUUGUUUUUUAGUAAGUUUUUAUUACUACUAGUUACAAAAUAUUUAAAAUUAACGAGCAAUUUGUAGUGAGUUUGUAUAAAACAAAUUAUGUACAAUAGUAUUGGGAUACUCUACUUUAAUAUUAUGGGAAUAAAUAAACAAGAACAGUCUUCUUCCCUGAAAGGUCCCUACAGCUUCUGCAAUGAAGUUUAAAUGGUAACCCUAGCUUUUCCAAGUGUGUGCCGAUCGACCAGUGACCGGUAAACACAGCUACGUGCUCGGAAAUUUAAUGGCGAGGAGUCGAAAGGACUUUCUGAGCCCUUCGUAUAUCGUAUUGGGGCCAAAGAGUUUUCGAAAUAGCAUAUGAAUAAAUGGAGAUCCAUCUUUUUUGCGCUUUCCUGAGAAAUAAUUUAUGCAGUUCUCCUUUAACAACUGUCUCGGGGAUGCCGAUACCCGACCAUGCUAGGUCUCUGAGGCCAACUCAGUCCCCUUCCUAGCAAGCUCAUCAUUUCUCUUUAUGUUCCUAUGUCCUGGAACCCAAAUCAGAGAAAUGUUACCUGCACACCCAAAAUAUUUGAUAUCCUCCUUACAGGAGUUUGCUAGUUAUUUUCUGCAGCAUGGCGUUGUCAGAGCCUUGAUAGCGGCUUGACUAUCGGAGAAAAUGUUAACAUCUCCCUCGCUCCCACGUUCCCUAAGCAUUUUGCAUGCCUGCAGGAUCGCAAAGACUUUUGCUUGAAAAACACUAGCAGCAUUCGCAGUUUAAAGGAGAUAGAUAAAUUGGCUGAUUUAGAUAAUAACCCCUGCUCCGACUCCCGAUUCCGUCUUGGAACCGUCAGAGAAGACAGAGGUACAAUCUUCGGUGCAGAUUUCGAAAGAUUGCUCUAGCACGACCCUCAAACUCUAGUUUGCGGAUAGAGAGAUCUGUUCGAAGUUCGGAAAAAUACGGUGGUAACUGGCUGGAAAUGCUACCAUGUCCCUUGAAAGAUUGCCUGCACAGGCCAAUAUCCUUUAACCUGUUUGCACUUUGAGCUUCGAUGGAAAUAACGGAAAAGUCGAUGGGAAGUAAGUGCAAAAGGACAUUCAGAGCAGUACUGGGGUAAGUUUUAUGUGCUCCGGUGAUGCCAAUACAUGCAGUUCUUUGCACCCUCCCCAGUUUAGUUUUAGUAUAGCCCUUCCGAAGAGCUUCCCACCAAACUAGGCAUCCAUACGUUAAAAUUGUCAAAACCCCUACAUCCACUGCACGACCUGUGGCUUGAGUCCCCAUUUUUUACUGAACAUAGAUUUGCAGGAGCAGAAGACUAUACUGGCCUUCUUUACCCGAUUUUCAAUGUGUAGCUUCAAAUGGAGUUUGGAGUCAAGUAUAACUCCAAGAUACCGAUGGGAGCGGGAGAACUUGGUUGCUUAAUUUGGGAAGUUGAAAGGGUGAAGGUUUAUAUUUUCUGGUAAAUAGCACCAGUUCCGUUUUGUCAGAGUUGACUCGGAGGCAGCAAGUGGCAGCCCAGCGACUGAGUACAGCCAGUGACCUUUCCAAAAUUUCAGCCAUGACUGAGGGAAACGGUCCCGAUACCAUUAGGACCAAGUCAUCCGCGUAUGCAUUAUCAGAAAUUCGUCAAUAGCAACUAGCCAAAGUAAGGGCGAGGGGACACCACCUUGCGCCGUCCCAGCAGAAAAAAUAAAAUUUAACAUCAAAGAAUGGAAAUUUACAAAAGCUGAUACGGAUUUUUCGAGUGGCGAAUAUGCUUUCGGAAACGCCAUUUCGGCCAAUGGUGAGCACCAUUCUGGGCCAUUCGUAAAUUAUUGAGGGCUUUAAUGUGCGCUCAUAUCAUUUCGUUUUAGUCAAGGAAAUCUUAAAAAUUCGAUCGAAAAGAUGCGCUAUAGCGUAUACAGUUGUGUGAGAGUUAUGAUUUGGAGCGUGUUUCACAAAUUAUUCAUUAUUGCUUGCUUUUUCUAGUAGGACCAAUUAUGAAAUUGAGAAAAUUGAAGUUGUUCAUUUAGGCCCAGAACAGAAUUGUAGCGGGACAGCGUUUAACAAGUUGACGGGUGCUGAGCAGCUGACAUAAAUCCGUCGAAAAAUUCGAUAGGUUAAACACUAUUGCGACGGGCCGGCUUCAUCUGACAUUUUGUGGUUACAAUAAAAUUAAUUUUGUGGAGAAAUCUUUUCGUUUGCUACUUGUUGAAGCUCAUUGUUGCGAAAAAGAACAACUUUUUUCUAAAUUAUUGAUAAUUUGCAUUGUUUCUUGCGUCAAAUCGAAUAUUUUUUGCUUGUUAUUUGCCUGUUGUUGCUUCCAAACACAUAAAUUGUCAGCAAGUAAUCAGAAAAGCAAUCCUGAGUCUUCAACCCGUCGGGGAAAAUUGAAAUGAAUCUACCUAAGGGGCCCGGUCGUCUAGAAUUUUCAAAAAAUCGAUUUGAUAUUUCGAAAGUAUAGGUUUUUAAGAAUAUACCGUUAAAUUUUUGGCAGCAUAUUCCCAGUGUUUUCGAUUCUACAGCGUUUUAGCAGGAAGAGUCAGAUUCGUCAUGCGGACACUUUCAAAACUUUAAAUUCAUUUUCCUCGAAACGACUUUUUUCGGUCUGGUGUUGUCAAAAAAAAAAACAAAA